AUGUUCGCUCAACGUUUCGGUCCGCAGGCGCUGUUGCGCAGCGGCGGCCGUAUGUUCGGCCCUAGCGACAACGCCAUUCUGCGCAACAUUGAGGCCUGUACUGCGAUCGCAGACAUGCUCAAGACCUCCCUGGGUCCCAAUGGCAUGAAGAAGCUCAUCGUGAACCACAUCAACAAGCGCUUCGUGACGUCGGAUUGCGAGACCAUCUUGGCAGGCGUCGAAGUGGAGCACCCAGCGGCGAAGGUGCUGGCGAUGGCCGUCCAGACCAUGCAGAACGAGUUUGGAGACGGAACUAACUCGCUUAUCGCGCUCGCCGGCGAGAUGUUGGGAAAUGCGGCGCUCCUUCUGGGUGACGGCCUCCACAUCUCCGACAUUCGUCUGGGAUACGAGGUUGCGUACAACCGCCUGCUUGAGCUUGUCGAGAACGAAGUCAUUUGGAAGGCCUCCAACAUUCGCGACGAGGCGGAGCUGGCGCUGGUGGUCGGCACCAGCAUUGCUGGCAAGCACAUACCGCGUCCCGAGUUUAUAACGUCCCUGGUUGCCAAGGCCUGCGCGUCAAUUAUCCCGCCGGACCCGAAGCAUUUCGACGUUGACAACGUCCGCGUGGUCAAGAUCUGCGGUGGCAGCCUGGACCAGUCCACCGUGAUAAACGGCAUGGCCGUGGUACGUGACGUCAGCGGCUCCGUAAAGAAGGUGGGACGCACCAAGGUGCUCGUGGUAGCCGGCGGUUUGGAGUUCGCCGGCACCGAGGCGAAGAGCACCGUGAUGUUGCACACCGCCGAGGAGCUGCUGAACUUCAGCAAGGGCGAGGAAAAUGAGAUGGAGCAAGUGAUUCGUUCUAUAAAGGACAAGGGUGUUAGCUGCGUGAUUGCGAAUGGCGCGGUAUCUGACCUUGCAAUCCACUACUGCAACGCUAUGGGUAUCAUGGUGGUCAAGAUAACCUCGAAGUUCGAGCUGCGCCGGCUAUGUCGUUCCCUGGGCGCGACUGCCGUCGUGAAGCUGGAGGAGCCGAGCGAAGACGACCUCGGAGUUGUGGAAUCGGCUGAAGUGAUCGAGAUUUCGUCGCAGAAGACGUUGGUAUUCAAGGCGGCCGAGCACCGCCUGUCCACCAUCAUCCUAAAGGGCGCCACGCAAGGGAUGUUGGACGAGAUCGAGCGCGCUGUUGACGAUGCGUUAUGCUGCAUUAGCGCUGCCAUUCGCGAUCCCCGCUUCCUUCCCGGUGGCGGCGCUUUCGAAAUUGAGAUGGCGCGCCAGCUUGCCAAGUUUGCGCAUACGCUAUCAGGUCUGGAACAGCACGCCGCGUUGAAAUUCGCCGAGUCCUUCGAGGUAAUCCCCAAGGUUCUCGCGACGAACUCGGGCCACGAUGCAACCGUGGUCAUCACCGAGCUGUACGCCGCCCACGACGCGGGGGACCGCUUCGCGUGUGUCAGCUCCGACAUCGAGCACCGUCUGGCCAGCGCCGAGACAGGCCGUGUGUACGACCACUACGUGGUGAAGCUUUUCUACAUCAAGCUGGCGUACGAGGCAGUCUCGACGAUCCUGUCGGUCGACCAGCUGAUCAUGGCGAAGCCUGCGGGCGGCCCCAAGCCCCGCCAGCCCGGUCCACCCGACCUCUAG